GCUUUUGAUUUUGCCGGUUAAUUGCUCACAACAACAACACAAUCAACAAUUUGAUAAUUUGUCAUUCGUGUUCAAGUUUUUAACUAUAGGACAAUUUUGGUAUUCUGUGAUAACGAUAAAUCAAAUCAAAUGGAAAGAUUAGAAAGGCUGCAUAUAUCUACAGAAGUGUUUGAUUCACACAUAUUGAAGAGGGCCAAAAUGUCUGCAUGCAGUAAAGAAAUUACAGCUCCACAUCCACUGGAACCACUGCGACAGAUCUCAAAACAAAUCGGCCAUGACCUCGACACGGUAGAGUUUGCACAGCACAUGGACUCCAUUGACCCACUGCGACAUCUCAGGAAUGAGUUUCAUUAUCCGAAAAUGAAGACUCUGGGAUCAGUGGAUCAGAGUAUAGUCAACCCAGAGGAGGACUGUGUCUACUUCUGUGGCAACUCUCUGGGAAUCUGUCCAAAGAAAACUCGGGAAUACGUCACCAUUGAAGUGGACAAGUGGGAGAAAACAGGUCUUGAGGGGCACACAAACGGGGAUCUGCCCUGGGCCUGGUGUGACGAGGGUCUAGAUGAUCAGAUGGGGGUGCUUGUUGGUGCUAAGAAGGGUGAGGUAGGAAUCAUGAAUGGACUGACAGUCAAUCUCCAUCUGUUACUGGUAUCAUUUUAUCGACCAAAACCGGAGCGAUAUAAAGUUCUGCUAGAAGGGCAUGCCUUCCCAUCAGAUCAUUAUGCCAUAGAAAGUCAGAUACGACUGAAAGGUUACGACCCUAAAGAUGCCAUGAUUUGUCUCGAACCCAAAGAGGGGGAGACCAUUCUACGACACGAGGACAUUCUGAGGACAAUAGAGGAGCAAGGAGACAGUAUAGCCCUCGUCUGCUUCAGUGGAGUACAGUACUAUACGGGGCAGAAGUUCCUCAUGGAAGAAAUCACCAGGGUCGGACAUAAAAAGGGCUGUGUGGUGGGCUGGGACCUCGCCCAUGCUGUGGGUAAUGUGGAGAUCAGUCUGCAUGACUGGGGAGUGGAUUUUGCCUGCUGGUGCACUUACAAGUAUUUGAACAGCGGCGCUGGAUGCCUGGCCGGACUCUUCAUUCAUGAGAAACAUUUCAACAACUCUUACCCUCGACUGACAGGAUGGUGGGGACAUCAGCUGACCACGCGCUUUGAAAUGGACAACAAUUUCCAUCCUUACCCAGGAGCCUUGGGUUAUCGUCUGUGCAACACACCGGGGCUGCUGUGUCCACCAAUUAAAGCUAGUCUUGAGAUUUUCCAAAAGACAUCCAUGUCUGAGCUGACCAAGAAGAGUCGACUACUGACUGGCUACCUGGAGGCAAGGAUCAUCGCCAAGUACGGCUAUCCUGACACCCAGCGCCAGUAUAACAAGACUCACAGACUAAUUGAGGAAAAUGGGGAAAGUAUUGGCGAGCAUGUGAAUGGAGCCCAAAGUAUUGAGAAUGGAGCCCAAAGUACUGAGAAUGGAGCCCAAAGUACUGAGAAUGGAGGGGAAAGUGAUAAAAAUGGAGCAAAGAGGAUUUAUGUUGAGAUUCUUACUCCAUCAGAUGUGAAUCAACGCGGGGCACAGCUGUCACUGUCGUUCAACAUUAAUAUCACUCAAGUGUUUGAGGAACUUCGGAAGAGAGGGGUUGUGUGUGAUGAAAGAAAGCCAAGGGUGAUACGUGUUGCCCCUGCUCCCCUGUAUUGUUCCUUCGAGGACGUCCAUCGAUUCAUGAAGUACCUCGACCAAGCUCUGAAUGCAGCAUUGGAGUAAUAAAACCUCAUGAGCAGGACUUAAACUUGGGGUACCAACUUUAAUUACAAAGGCCAAUGAAAUAGCUUGCGUAUACCUUGCUAGUUAAAACCGAGCUCGAAAGUCACGUGUAAGGCUAUUUAUAGCUCACCUGUGUAUUGCAUUUUCAGUGAUAUUUUGUUAUCUUCUGAAUUGAGAUUUUGUGAUCAUCUGUCUGUCAUCAACGUGUUCAAUUAUGAAGCAAUGUGUUGUUUAAAGGUUUAAAUGUUGUUUUUAUACAAGUUUACAUAUUGUAAAAUACUUCCGAGUUACUCCUUACUUUUUGUGUACAGAUGACUUGUACAGUUUGAUAUUUAUUUGCACACUUUGAUUUUUGUUGUUAACUAUUUAACCUUUUAUGUAACUUUAAUUUCAUAAGUACUAUACACAAACAUAUGUUUUUGCAUAUGAUAUCAUGUGUUAUUAUGUUUUGACUUAAAUGUUUUAACCUUAUAUCUGUCAUUGACAUUUACCAUGUAACCUAGAGGUAACAUUUAUUGCCAAAGAUUAACUAAUUUAGUUAAACAUAUUUAUUUUAGCUUGAUUGCUUGGAAACCCUUAAGCCUAUUUGAAAUGAUCUCGACUCUUUUUCCUGGGACUAGACCCAGUACUUGGUGUCUAUGGGGAAAUUCUAAAGAUUGCUCCCACAGUGGGGAUCGAACCCUUAAUCGCCCGAUCGCUAGGCCAACACCACAUCCACUACGCCCCUUAACUAAAAUAAUUGAUUAAUUUGAUCAGAACAUUGUCCAAUCCAUAUAUCAGUAAAGUUCAAAACUGGGUAAUGUGGGGCCAAAAAACUAGGUUUCUGGGUCUUACAAAAGAUAAGCACAUCAAAACUCAACCAAGUCACAUUUAUUGCCAGAUUUCAUAAACAUAACCCUCCUUCUAGGUAGGUUAACUGGACUUAAUGCAUGCGAGUAAAAUGUGGUCCCAGAUAAGCCUGUGCAGUUGGCACAGGCUACUGUGCAGUUGGCACAGGCUAUUCAGGGAUGACACUUUCCACUUGUAAGGAACUUUGUGUUUACAGAAAGUCUCUUCUUUGGGAAAUCCAGUUGAGGAGUUCAGCCCAGUUGCCUCAGAAUAUAUUGCAGAAGUGUUCAGGCUGUCGCGAAGUAAAACUAAUGAAAAUGCCAAUUAACAAUCCUGAAGUGACUGUAAUCAGCCGAUCUUUUGAAAUAGUUUGAGGUCUACGUGGUAUAAUGGAUAAGGUGUCUGCCUAGCGACUGGGAGGUCACGGGUUCUAUUCCCAAUGUAGGACCAUUCUAUAGAUUUCCCAGAAAGACACCAAGUACUGGUUCUAGGCCCAGGAAACAGACUCGAGAGAGCGUUUCAAUAAUCCCGAGGCUUUCUAUGCAAUCAAGCUCAAACAAAUACAUUUUAACUUAAUUGUUUUAGUAGUUUCUAACCUUUCCUAAUAUCAGGUGAGAGGUACAGGGUCCUUAUGUCAAAUAUAGGUCAUUCACAAUAUUGCAAUGGUAUUUUUGUUGGAUGUUGUCCAAUCUGUUUAACAAGAUUCUUAUAGAACUGAACUAAUAUGAAUGUCGUACAAGUAAGUUCUUCAUUGUAUUUUAACAUGUUCAUGAACCAAGGUUAAUUUGGUGAGUCAAGGUCGUUCUUGGAUAAUUUUGGAGAGUUUAUUUAAAAUUGGUACAGAAACUACAAAUAAACAAGAAACCUUCUGAGACAGGUGAUGCUCCCCAAAGUUUUUUUUGUCACAAUAUUGCACUAUAUAUUCAGAUAAAAGGAAACGUCUAGUAGUUGGGGGGAAAAGAAUUGCACUAUAUGUACAGUUAAUGGAAAAUUUCAAAGGGCCAUAACUCUGUGAAAAAUCAUCCGGCCAGAACCGGCUGAUAAUACACACAUCUCUAGGUAGUGAAGCUUCCCAUAAAGUUUAAUUGAAUUCCAGUCAUAAAUUGCUGAGAACAAGCCCGGACAAAAAUUGUGCACUGACGGACGGACACACGGACGGACAGACGAAGCGGCGACUAAAUGCUCCCCCCCAUAAUUUUUUUUGGGGGAGCAUAAAAAUCCAGAUAUGCCAAAGCUGUAUAUACCUAUUAGUAUUUUGGAAUAUUUUCCUAAGCCACAUUUUUAUGUUUUGGCAUUUUGGAGCAUUUUUGAGUAUCCAUAUUUUUUAGUUUUAUGAGAGAGGUGAAGCAUUUACAGUGUUUCAUUUUAUCACAUGUAUUGUUUCUGAAAAUGUCGAUUUUAUGUUUUGCAUAAAACUGUUGCCAAUA